GUCAAAGGCACGCGUUGCCUCCCCACCGUCCAUUCGACCUCUCCUCUCCUCGCUUCCAUCCGCAAUAUCGCCUUCUCACCCCCCUCUCCCCCCCGCCCUAUGGGCGCACCGCCGCCGUCGUCAAUUGGAUCCAAGCCAUGGCUAAUGCUUUGUAAAUUCUUUAUGUCAUAGAUAGCGCCACCGCUCCUAUAUAUAAGUACUACCUCUCCCGAGUGAAAACUUAACAUGUCAAACACAAGAUAUCCUUCCGGCGCGCGCCAGGCUGGUUCGCCUCGAGUCAAGAACCGGGUAGAAACGAAGGAGACGCUCUGUCGCAACGUGCUUAUAUACGGGCACUGCCGGUAUGAGGACCAAGGCUGCACUUUUUCACACGAUCAGAACAAAAACAACCAGCAAGACCUAAACAAGAAAUCUCUAAACGUCGAAUCACCCUCCUUCACCCCGGCGAACAUACAAUCCUCCGCAGCCGCCAAAAAGGCCACUUUUACGGCCCAAGUUGCUGGCGCUGCGGCUUUCACGCCUCGAACCGUCGGAACUGCCACCCCGACUGAACAGGAUCCUAGCGCAAUGUUUAACCCAGGCAAUAUCCGCGAAUUUACGCCGACCUUCGAAAAUUCUACCCCUGCCCCCAACGGCGGCGUCCAGGAUGCCAACCAGUACGAUCCUUAUGCCAUGGCCGCGGUUGGCCAAACGCUCCCUGCCGCGCAAUUCAACCCCUACGCUGAAGACCCGACAGGCAUGGGAGCGCACGGCUCUACAUAUUACCAAAACCAAGCUGCAUUUGCCGCACCACUGCAGCCGCUCCAGUAUCAUCUUUACGCACCCAUCGGACCGUACAAAGACGACCUGCUACCCUUCCACCGUCUUACACAUGACUUCUUCAUGCCAGAGAAGCUCCGUGAGGAAAUGCAAAAGAAAACAGAGGCUGCUUUGCAAGUCAUGCCCAACUCUCAAUUACCGCAGCUAGAAAACUACCACUCCCUUGUUGCUCUCGAUACCUCCGGCAGGAAGAAUGUCUCCCUUUUUGGCUACACCACAUGGGUCUAUAAAGCAACAUCUAUGAAAAACGGUCAUAUUUACUGUUUGAGAAGAAUUGAGGGCUUCCGACUUACCAGCGAAGACGCCAUUCGCUCUGUCGCGGCCUGGCGAAAGGUCAGCAACGGCAAUGUUGUUACAGUCCACGACGCCUUCACAGCCCGAGCCUUUGGAGACAGCUCCCUUAUUUUUGUCCAAGAUUAUCACCCCCUCGCUAAGACACUGACCGAUGUGCACUUGACCCCUACGCCUGUGCAUGGCGGCCGAUUCCAGCCUAAGCCGCCCAUCUCGGAAUCCGUCAUGUGGGCAUACAUCUCUCAGAUUGCAAAUGCGCUGAAAUCAAUCCAUUCAAACGGAUUAGCGGCACGCUGUAUAGACCCCAGCAAAAUUAUCCUCACAGAUAAGAACCGCAUCCGACUUAAUGCCUGCUCAGUUUUGGAUGUUUUGCAGUAUGACCCUCGACGCACCGCUACAGAGCUGCAGCAAGAGGACAUGGCCAAUUUUGGUCGCACAAUGCUUUGCCUUGCAACUGGCACUCUACCGGCCAUUGUUAGCAGCAACAUGAAAGCUCUAGUUGAUCAAAUGGGCCGAACAUAUUCGCCGGAACUACGGGAUACUAUUACUUGGCUAGUGGCGGCGCCGCAGCCCAACGCUACCAAAACCAUUGACGAUUUUCUGCGAGGCAUCUCGCUGCACCUAGUCACUACGUUUGAUCAGAGCCAGCACCAAGCAGACGAAUUAAACAGCGAACUGUAUCGAGAACUCGAAAACGGACGUGUUGCGCGCCUGCUGAUGAAGUUAGGCACCAUCAAUGAGCGCCACGAAUUUGAAGGGGAUGUUGCGUGGUCUGAAAACGGUGAGAGAUAUAUGUUAAAGCUCUUCCGGGACUACGUAUUCCACCAAGUGGAUAGCAACGGCAAGCCUGUUUUGGAUAUGGGCCACAUGUUGCGGUCCCUCAAUAAGCUAGACGCGGGCAUAGACGAGAAGAUAUGCCUUACAAGCCGCGAUGAUCAGACAAGCUUCAUCGUGAGCUACAGGGAGCUCAAGAAGCAAUUGGGCAACGCCUUUACUGAGUUGCAAAAAGGUGGAAAGCAGACCAGGGGUCUGUAGAACCAGACACUCCAGCCACACCCAGCGCAACAGGCUCCACAGCAGGAUGGAGGAGAGCCAUUGCAGCAGAACCAUGGCGAGCCAAGCUGGCAACCGCAACAAGAACAACAGCAGCAGGUGGGAUAUGUACAUAACGAAUAUCCUUCGAAUAUGUAUGGCCAGCCGGCCAUGGGCCUGUAGAACCAGGCCUAUAUAAAUACCGGCUGGCAAGAUAACUGGCAAAGCAACUGGCAGCAAGGCUACAUGGGAGGGGGCAUGAUGAAUCCGCUGAUGCCUCCUGCGGAAGUCCAACCAAAUCAAGGGGCUUAUCCAGUUGACUACUCUCAUUCUCCAUACCGCGGCCGUGGUCGUGGCCGCGGUUGGGGUCGAGGCCGAGGCCGAGGUCGUGGUACUUGGACCUGGCACGCAAGUCACCAUCCAACUCCAUUGGCUAUUGAGGCUGGUCCAUCAACACCACUAUCUCAUGGACAUCCCCAUAUUCCAGAGAACCAACUCGAAAUCCCCACACCAAGCUAGCUGGGUAUUUGGAAUAGCACGGGUCUACUGCUAAGGGCUCCUUCAACUGAUGUUGUUGACGUUUUUGUAUGCAGAGCGAGGACGCGCAUCUUUUUUUUGUUUCAAUUUUGGAUCUUUAUUUAUCAAAGUGCAGACGAUUCAGGGAAUUGUAGUUAGUUGUUCAGCCGUUAAGCGAGAAUGCACUAAGCGAAAUAAAAUACUUAUUUAAAAACUUAUUAACACCAUG